UUAUUAUUUUUUUAUUUUUAAAUAUAUAAACUGCCCUAAUUGAUUNUAUCGGAUUCUUGGUAAAUUUUCCAAGUUCAACCAUUGAGUCGUGCAGCAAAUUACUCGACACGCUUCAGCAGUCGGCCCCCGUUUGUGUUUCACUCUUCAAGUCACUUUCUCUUCACUCCAUCACACGCAAAUUUUUGCCCCAAAACAUCGCAUCACAAAUUUAUAUAAUCCAUCUCAUUUUAUCCACUUCACAGUGUAAAUCAAUGGCACUCGCCUAAUGAUUUUCCGUUUGUCCUGUAAUUUUCAGCACACACAACGCAAAGAGGAAUCAGCAAUUCUACAAAAAAUCAGAAUCCAAUAAUAAAGAAAAAAAGUUGCUAGCUUUCUUUUGGGGAAAUUUAUUGGUGAGUUGAUACCGAGCAAGAAAAUGGCGUCUGUUGGUGGUAUCGCCGCCGGUAGCAACUUGGCGUUGACUUGCUCUUCAUCGUCGAAGAACUGCAGCCCCUUGUCGACCCAUCGGUCAAAUUUCCAAUCUUUUGCAAGAAUUUCUACUCAAUUUUCUUUUCUCGGGAUAAAAAGAAGCAAAAUUGAUGGUUUCAGAGGGCUAAAAUCGGUUCAGACGGACGUGUUCAUAACGAGCGACGACGAGGCUGAAAUGGGUGAAGGGUUUUUCGCGGCCAUAGAGGAGCUUGAGCGGAUGGCCCGGGAGCCGUCUGAUGUGCUCGAGGAGAUGAACGAGAAGUUGUCUGCCCGCGAGCUGCAGUUGGUGCUGGUGUACUUUGCGCAGGAAGGAAGGGACUCUUGGUGCGCUCUGGAGGUUUUUGAGUGGCUGAAGAAGGAGAAUAGGGUGGAUAAGGAGACAAUGGAGCUGAUGGUCUCGAUUAUGUGCGCUUGGGCGAAAAAGCUGAUUGAGGGGAAAAAUAAGGUAGAGGAAGUGGUUAACCUCUUGGUGGAUAUGGACUGUGUUGGUUUAAAGGCAGGAUUCAGUAUGGUAGAGAAAGUGAUCUCUUUGUAUUGGGAGGCUGAGGAAAAAAACCAGGCAAUUUUGUUUGUCGAGGAGGUUUUGAGGCGAGGGAUAAUUGUUCAGGAUGGAGAUAGGGAUGGUAAUAAAGGCGGCCCAGUUGGAUAUCUGGCAUGGAAGAUGAUGGAGGAUGGAAACUUUAGUGAUGCGGCGAAACUAGUGAUCAAUCUCAGAGAAUCGGGCCUUAAACCCGAGCCCUACAGCUAUCUAAUAGCUAUGACUGCCAUAGUCAAGGAGCUCAACGAGUUCGCAAAAGCCCUACGCCGACUAAAAGCCUUCUCCGCCAGGCCCGGCCCGAUUAUCGAGCUCGACCCAGACUCCCUCCCUCUCAUCGAGACCUACCAAGAGACCCUCCUCACAAACGGGCUCCUCCUCUCCAACUGGGCCAUCAAUGACGGUGGCCCACCACUCCUUGGGCCGGCCCACGAGCGCCUCCUUGCAAUGUACGUCUGCGCGGGCCGCGGGCCCGAAGCCGAACAGCAGCUCUGGGAGAUGAAGCUCGCCGAGCGAGAGGUCGGGAGGGACCUUCACGACAUCGUGCUGGCGAUCUGUGCCUCACAGGACGAAUCGGGCCCGGUGGGUCGGCUGCUGGCCCGGUUAGAGUUGGCGGGCCCGUAUGGGAGGAGGAAGACGCUGACGUGGCUGCUGAGGGGAUACAUUAAAGGGGGGCAUUUUGGGAAAGCGGCCGAGACAGUGAUUGGGAUGCUCGACUCUGGGCUGUGCCCGGAGUAUGUGGACCGUGUGGCGGUGGUGAGGGGGCUGAGCGGGAGGGUCGGGGGGGAGAGGGGGGAUGCUGAUGCUUAUGUGGCGCUCUGUAAGCGGCUCUCGGAUGCGGGUUUAGUGAGCCCGAUUAUGGUUUACCUUAAUGUGAGGAGGUUGGGGCUAUGGGUGGUCCAGAUGCUUUGA